AUGGCCAGCAAUAUCCCCGUCGCGCUCAAAUCCGCCGACAUCGGGCGCUUUGCCCUGCGCGCAGCCCAGAUCGAGCGUGUCAAGCCAGUUGUGGCUUACUGGUGCAACUUCCACAUCGUCAACCAGAUCAUCGAACGAGGCCUCCACAAUUCGGACGAUGAGAUCAAGCUCUACACGACAAAUCUGGUGGAGAAGCUGGAGCAGUUCAAGAGCGAGAACCCAGACAACGAUACACUGACGGACAAUGUCGCUGCGCAUGCAUUUGUCGAGCAGUUUGGCCUGGAAGUUUUCAAUCGCGCCGAAGCAGCCAUGACUGCCAACAAGGUCACCAAACAAACAGCAGACACUUUCCAGGCUGCGGCUACCUUCCUCGAGCUGUGCCAGAUCUGGGGGGAGCCCGAUGCCGAGAUGGCGGGACGGAUCAAGUUCGCCAAAUACCACGCCGUUCGAAUCGUCAAGGCCAUCAAAGCCGGCGAAGACCCCAACGAGUCCAAUCCUGCCCCGAGGGAGGAAACAGAGGAAGCUGUUACAGCUCCCGAAGUUCAGGAAUUCGAUGAAUUGGUGGCGGAACAAGCCUCCAAACCUCGACAGCCCUCUGUGGAAGAGAUUCCUGAUGAAUCGGACCGUCUUGGACCACACCUGGCCCGGCAAUCUGCACUUGAUGAGUCUCUCCAUCCAUCUCGUGCCUCAUCGAUCCCGCGACAGCCUGCCGCUUCCACCACCGCGUCGGAGCCGGAUAUCCCUUCAGUCCCACUAAAUGCCCCCGGGUCACACCCGCAAGCCACGGAUGAGCCGUCAGGAGGAGAGUUGGAGCUUCCCUCAACCCCAGGGAACAUCGGCAACUCCUCCACACUGCCACAGCUCCCAGAUACACCCGGAAGUGGUGCCCACGACACCACAGUUCAUCCCCGCAACGCCUUCCAGUCCUUCCCUCCCCCAUCCGCAGGCCCUCCCACUACCGCACCUGAUCCUGCGUCAUUUUACGACCCUUCCAGUGCCAGUGCGCACAUCCCACCGCCAGCAGCGCCACAGCCACCUGCUGCACCAUUGUCAACGCGCGCACCGCCCGCUGCUGCGUCAUCGACUCGACCGUCUCACGGGGUAGACGACCAGUCCAUCUCCCUGGCGCAGAAACAUGCCCGCUGGGCUGUAUCCGCGCUUACGUUUGACGACGUGGACACGGCUGUAAAAGAGCUGAGGAACUCACUGAAGUGUCUGGGGGCAUCUUGA